UGACCUGCUGAGUGGACUAAAGAUGGGGGAGCAAGGUGGUUGGCUAGAGGCUAACAGGGGAGACUGGGCGGCCAUCUUGGAUUCCCAGAACCAGACGGGGGCAAACAAGGGCCCAGGGGACAUCACUGAGAAGGCCAGGACCAGAGGUGACAUAGUGGAGUCUGCAGUCCAUGAAGACCUACUGAUAUCAGGUGUUGCUGGCGGAAGAGACUGGACCUCUGAGGCGGCUGGUCACAAACCUUGGCCUCGAAUCAGGACAGUCGAUCAAGAGCCGUCACUCUUCCUUCCCGAGUCGGAACCAGGACCCAACCGUGAGGGACAGAGACUCCACCAACACCACUAUACAGAACACAGCCAGUGGACAGGGGGACUGAACAACCUCAGUCCUGGUGGUCAUCAGAGAGACAGAGGCUCCAGUCAGGGAUCUAGUCUGCAGCCCAGACCCUUCUCUUCACAUUCUCAGUACAGGGAUGUAGCAGUGCCUGGGGCUGAUAGAGAUAGACCAUCCUGUUCCUAUGAUACAAACACCACAGUAUCCAUGAUGAACAGAGCAGGUCACCCUGGGCUUCAGCCUUCAAAGAGGGUGGUGGGCGACCCUCCCGGUGGUAGUCUUUCAGGAAGUCUGUCUUCUUCAGGGUCUCGUCUAAUGCCUAGUGACUGGGUUCAUAGAAAGCCUGGACCUGGGUCUAGCCUUCCUCAGUUACCUCAUGGUUACCCCACCAACACAGACAGGGUCAGGAUGGGCGUUCCCCAUGAGAUGUACCUUGCUUAUAACACAGCACACAAUCCCAACAACAACCAAACAAUGGCCAGAGGUCAAGGAGGGAGCUCAAAGACUAACCACCUGAGGGCGGUGGCUCCUGCUUCUACCUCCUCUGGUGUCAUCGGGUCACAACGUGGGAGGCUGAGCAUUAGGACGGACGCAGACAAGCCAUACGCCUGCCCCACGUGUGGGAAGCGCUUUACUGAGGCAAACUAUGUGAAGAAGCACCAGACCGUUCACACCAAGGAGAGGCCCUUCAAGUGCAAACUAUGUCACAAGAGCUUCUCCUUCCUGACUAACCUUACCAGACAUAGGAGUGUCCACAAAGGGGAGAAAUCAUAGCAGUGUGGCUUGAGUUUUCAGCGGCAGGGAUAUUGGGAACCAUUCUUUAGCUGCCAAACACUACAAAAGUAUGUGGACACCUGCCUCGUCUACACAUACACAGCAAGACAUUCCACUCUGUUCUGGGCCAGCUUCAGUUUUUCUAUGUCCUUUGCAGCACCUGACUGGGCAAUACAAGAUAAGAUCAAACUAGGCCUUUAUUUGCGGAGUGUGGUGUCAAAAAAGCCAAGCAUCUCUUUAUCAUGGACAGACCCCUCCCCAUCUUUACAACCACUCAAUGAAUAUGUUUUGUCCAUGACAGUUUACAAUCUUUUCCUGGUUAAAAAAAAUAUUUGUUUAUAAUUCCAAGGUCACACCAUGUAAUUUAGUCUCCACAUUAUUCAUGAUCAGAUUCAGCUGAGGUAUAGAAUUAAAUGAUUUGAGGGAAUGAUUUUUACCAAAUAUAAUGCUCUUAGUUUUAGAGAUGUUCAGGACUAGUUUAUUACUGGCACCUAUUCUAAAACUGACUUCAACUUUGUUUAGGGUUGCAGUGAUUUCACUAGCUGUGGUUGCUGACAC